AUGGAGAAAGUCAUCGAGGAGAUGAGCGUCCUUGGGUACGGCGUUCCCAACCCCGCCUGCGCCGACCUUGUCGCGGCGCUCGUCCGCACCCGCCGCCUCGACGACGCCGAGCGCGUGAUUGGGGCCAUGAGGCGGCUCAAGUUCCGCCCAGCGUUCUCGGCGUACACCGUGCUGAUCGGCGCAAUGGCGGAGGCCAGGCGGCCUGAACGAGCGCUCGAGCUGCUGCGGCAGAUGCAGGAGGUCGGGUACGAGGUGGGCGUGCCGCUGUUCACGACGCUGGUGCGGGCUUUGGCUCGUGAGGGGCGCGUCGAGGGGGCCCUGGCACUGGUGGACGAGGUGAAGGGGAGCUGCCUCGAGCCUGACAUUGUGCUGUACAAUGUGUGCAUUGAUUGUUUCGGGAAGGCUGGGAGUGUGGACAUGGCCUGGAAGUUCUUCCAUGAGUUGAAGUCGCAAGGGCUGAAGCCAGAUGAUGUAUCGUACACGAGCAUGAUUUGGGUGUUGUGCAAGGCUGGGAGGCUAAGUGAGGCUGAGGAACUGUUUGGUCAGAUGGAGACAGAAAGAGCUGUGCCUUGUGCGUAUGCGUAUAAUACAAUGAUCAUGGGUUAUGGGUCUGCAGGCCAGUUUGAGAAUGCCUAUAAGCUUCUUGAUCAGUUAAAGGAGAGGGGUUGUAUUCCAUCUGUUGUGUCAUUUAAUUCGAUUCUCACUUGCCUUGGGAAGAAGAGGAAAGUUGAUGAGGCACUGACCUUGUUUGAGGCCAUGAAAAAGGAUGCAGAGCCAAAUUCCUCGACAUAUAACAUCAUCAUUGAUAUGCUUUGCAUGGCUGGAACAGUUGAGGAGGCCUAUAUGAUACGGGAUGAGAUGGAACGCGCUGGAAAGAAAGGAAAUGUUGACGACGCUUAUAGGUUAUUUGAGAACAUGCUAGAUACAGGCCACAAUGCUAAUCCUGUUGUUUAUACAUCCUUGAUAAGGAAUUUCUUCAUGCAUGGGAGGAAAGAAGAUGGGCACAAAAUCUUCAAAGAGAUGAAUCGUCGAGGAUGCCAGCCUGACCUUACCCUACUGAAUACAUACAUGGAUUGUGUUUUCAAAGCUGGUGAUGUUGAAAAGGGAAGGGCGAUAUUUGAGGAUAUCAAGGGUUAUGGCUUCCUUCCGGAUCAAGGUUUUGCUCUUGAUGCUCGGGCUUAUAAUGCUGUUGUUGAUGGGUUCUGCAAAUCUGGAAAGGUGGACAAGGCCUAUGAAGUUCUUGCGGAGAUGAAGGUAAAACGUGUAGCUCCUACAGUUGCUACAUAUGGAUCAAUUAUUGAUGGUUUAGCUAAGAUUGAUAGGUUAGAUGAAGCUUACAUGCUUUUUGAGGAAGCAAAAUCAAAAGGAAUAGAAUUGAAUGUUAUUGUGUAUAGCUCUCUCAUCGAUGGGUUUGGAAAGGUUGGUAGGAUAGAUGAAGCUUAUUUAAUAUUAGAAGAGAUGAUGAAGAAGGGUUUGACACCAAAUGUUUACAAUGUUCGGCAAGGCGAGAUUCCACGGUCGCCUAGGCGCUGGGCGGAGGCCUACCGCGGCGCCUACGGGGGGAAGGGUGGAGGCGAGUCCAGAGCUCCUCCUCGAGCCCACCAGGGGAGGGAGUCACUGAGUCCAGAGGUCCUCGUCGCCGCCUUCCACAAGCCCAAGAAGUACAAUAAGGCUUUUGUGUUCUGGCAAGAAAUGCAGAAACAGGGAUUAGUCCCUAAUGUUGUGACUUACCCAACCAUGAUUUCUGGGCUUGCAAAGGUAGGAAACAUAACAGAUGCUUGCAGUCUCUUUGAGAGGUUUAAGGCCAAUGGUGGAAUCCCUGAUGCUGCAAGUUUCAAUGCUCUUAUAGAGGGAAUGAGCCAUGCAAAUAGAGCAAUUGAGGCAUAUCAUGUAUUUGAAGAAACUCGAUUACAAGGAUGUAGAAUUAAUGUAAAGGCAUGCAUCAGUCUUCUAGAUGCUUUGAACAAAGCUGAAUGUCUUGAACAGGCUGUUGUUGUAGGUGCAGUUUUGAGAGAGAUUGCCAAGUCCCAGCAUGCUUCUAGAUCCUUGUAA